UGGACAGAUUAAAGGGGGUACUCGAGACCCGUCGUGCCCAGCUCGCGACUGCGUCGAAACGCGCGGCUGAGGCGGAGCGGAUCGCACAGAUCAACGAGGCAAAGCUGAAGGAGAAGACUGCUGAGGUCGAAAAACUGCAACAGCGGCUGCAUCUGACUCAACAGAGGUACCAGCUGACGAAGGAGUUGCUUGUUGUGCUUCCCAAGCUUGACGAGGCAAAGAAGAAGCUCGCUGUUCUGACAGAGAAGGCGGAUCGCUGUGACACCAAACUGCAGUCGCUGCAGUCAGAAUCCGACGCGUUUGAGGCUAAACUUCAGGAAACGAAGAAAGAAUAUGAUGAUCUCGUCCGUGAGAUGGAAGGUCUAGGACUUUGAA